AAGGGAACCGCUUUAUCUGAAAGUUUGGUUUACACAAAGUCGUCUUCUUCCUUCUCCCCUUUCUUCUUCAUCAUCUUCUUAGCAGUCAGAGAGAGAGAGAGAGAGAGAGAGAGAGAGAUAAAUAAGAAAGGGAGCCUUUUUCUCUGUCCAUUUUGUUUCUUUGCAAUUCAAUUCUUCCCAGUUUUCCUUCCCCCUCCUCCUCUCAAAGUCCGUAAGGAGCAAGCAGGCAGUCUUCCUUAACCCCACCGACUCUCUCUUCUCUCUGUGUGUGAAAGCUGGACUGAUUGUUAUAGCAUGAGAGAGACGAUCUCCGAGAUAAAGAAUCGCGUUGGUUAUGCUAUUUAUGCGAGGUUUGGGAGCCCUCGAACAACUAGAAGCAGCUGAAGAGCUGGGCAUACUGAGCAUCAUCACCAUCACCAUCACCAACUUGACGUCCAAGGGAUAAUAGUUUUAUCUCUCAGCAUGGCGAGUUCCAAUUAUAACAACAGGCCCACCAACCACCACCCGAUAGCCAGCCAGCUCCACCAUCCGCUGCCGCCACCGCAACACCAUCAACUGCAAGAUGGCAAUCACCAGCACCAUGCGCAGCUGCUCCAGUCCUCCACCUCCUCAUCGUCCAUCCCCGCGGGGAACUUCAUCGGGAAAGAUGCAGCCGGGGCAUACGACCUGGGCGAGCUCGAUCAGGCGCUCUUCCUCUACUUCGACGGACAAGAGCCGUCCUCGGCCGUUCAGGACCAGCGACAGAGCAGUGGGAUGAGGCCUCCGACUCUCAAUAUUUUCCCUUCCCAGCCUAUGCACGUUGAACCAUCAACCAACAAGGGCAGUACCGGCGGCUUAGUUGUUAGUUCUCCAUCGACCAGCGGUUCUAAGAGACCAUCGGACCCAUCCAUGGAGCUUUGCAAUGCACGGAAUGAAGCUGCGUCCUCAAAGCCGGCUGAACCCACCAAAGCCAUCAAGAAAGAAGGGAACCGUAAAGGCGCAACUUUCAGUUCAGAGCAGGAUGGGCCAAAGACACCUGAUCCUAAGACCUUGAGAAGGCUGGCUCAGAAUAGAGAGGCAGCUAGAAAAAGCAGGCUCCGGAAAAAGGCUUACAUUCAACAGUUAGAAUCAAGUAGGAUUAAGCUUACCCAGCUGGAACAGGAGCUGCAAAGAGCUAGAGCUCAGGGAAUAAUUAUAGGAGGAGGAGGAGGAGGUCUCCUAGGACCUGAGCAAGGCCUUCCUGUCGGAAUCAGCAACAUCAGCUCUGAUGCUGCUGUGUUCGACAUGGAGUACUCGAGGUGGCUCGAAGAACACCACCGCCUGAUGUGCGAGCUCCGGGCAGCGGUGCAGGAGCACUUGCCAGAGAACGAGCUCCGGCUGUUCGUGGACAACUGCCUAGCCCACUAUGAUGAGAUGAUGGGACUCAAGAGCAUGGUUGCCAAGUCCGAUGUAUUCCACCUUGUCUCCGGCAUGUGGAAGACUCCCGCUGAGCGAUGUUUCAUGUGGAUGGGCGGGUUCCGUCCAUCCGAGCUCAUCAAGGUGAUAUUGAGCCAAGUAGAGCCACUAAGUGAGCAGCAGAUAUUAGGGAUAUGCGGGUUGCAGCAGUCGACGCAGGAGGCAGAAGAAGCGCUGUCCCAAGGGCUCGAGGCUCUGAACCAGUCUCUCUCCGAAACAAUAACCUCGGAUUCGUUGAGCAGUCCUCCAAACAUGGCCAACUACAUGGGUCAGAUGGCCCUCGCCAUGAACAAGCUCUCUGCCCUCGAAGGCUUCGUCAGGCAGGCAGAUAACUUGAGGCACCAGACGAUCCACCGACUGUACCAGAUUCUGACAACACGUCAGGCUGCGAGAUGUUUGAUUGCCAUUGCAGAGUAUUUCCACCGUCUCCGAGCUCUCAGCUCCCUCUGGCUCUCUCGCCCUCGACAGGAUUAAUCAAUGCAUAUAUACAAUAGGGGAACUCAUUUAGUAGCCCAACUUGAUGAUAUGAUUUUUAGAGUCAAAAUCAUCAUCCACUUAUCAGUCUUUCUACACCAGUCUUAAGUAGUUUUACUUUUAUAUGUAUAGAUAAUUGAGAGAAUAAACAGAGGUAUAUUAAGCUUAAAACACUCCUUGAUCCUACCCCCAGCCCAAAGGUUAAUUAAGAAAAUGACUCACCCAUUUCUCUUCAGUUCACUUUUUUAUCCCUUGUAAAUUCCAAGGGAGGGAAAAACGACAAGUCUGUAUGCUGCCAUUGCUGACUGAUGAAAAGUCUCUACAUGAACAAAAAUGGAAGUGGAAGAAAAAGAAGGACAAGGACAAGGACAAGGAGAAGGAAAAAGCAAGAAGGAAUUACUUGACAAAGAAGAGGAGAAUUAAAGGUGGCUUGAUUAAUAUACAUUUUCCUUGUAAAAACCUUCUUCUUCUAAAUAUAAAUGUGGUGGUGUCUUUUUGAGAGAGAGACUGGAAAUUGCUUGGCAUGAUCAACUCCAUGGCCCAUUUGGCCUCUAGGUGUGGUUGAAAUUGCAAUCCUUCAGGGUAAUGCAUUUUUUUCCCCUUCUCUUUUUUGACUGGCCAUUUUUAUGAUGAUACCUAGUAAAACAUAUAUAAUUGUAAUGCAGUGACAUUUGUUACAAAA